AUGCCCCCUGCCUUUGACCCCGCAAAGCUUGCCAAGCUGCAGGCGCUCUCAGCCAGCUCUCGGAUCGGUGGCAAGGGAACCCCGCGCAGGAAGGUCGUGAGGAAGACCAAGGCCUCAAGCGCGCAGGACGACAAGAAACUGCAGGGCGCGCUCAAGAAGCUCAACGUGCAGCCUAUCCCUGGUGUCGAGGAGGUUAACAUGUUCCGGGAGGAUGGAAACGUCCUGCACUUCAGUGCCCCCAAAGGCGAGCCUAAAUUUCGUUCCAUGUUCAAUGCAGAAGAGCUCACUCCGCGAUCUUCCCUAAUCUCAGUUCAUGCCGCCCUCCCAGCCAACACGCUCGCUAUCUACGGUACUGGACAGGUCAAGGAACUCACCGAGCUCGUUCCCGGGAUCCUCAACCAACUCGGCCCUGACUCCCUCGCGUCUCUCCGCAAAUUGGCUGAGUCCUACCAGGCCAUCCAGGGCCAGCAGCGACCUAGCGGCGCAGCGCCGGCUGCGGAGGAGGACGAUGAUGACGUCCCGGACUUGGUGGAGAACUUCGACGUCGAGGAUGCUGCCAAGGCAAGCCUCGACUGA